GUAAUCUAUGAAAGAGGAAGUCCGUGCUUGGGUCUUCACACGCAGGGGAAAUCGAGAGUCUCUUCCAGUCUUACGUGGGCGCACUUAUAAAUGGAGAUGCUGAAAGGGAGCGGACGACCGAUCUACGCGUGCACAACCAAAGACAUGGAAGAAGAUUACUAUGGAGAGGAGGCAAUCUUACCCCGGCAAAACGCUUUAAUUCAACUUCUCCGUCAGAGGGAAUGGCGACUUACGCAGAUGACCUGGUUCUUAGCCGUGGUUCUGGUUGUAGUGGUGUCAGCGGCUGCUCUGCUGGUCGGCCUGCUGCUGGGACAGAGAGCUGAACCUGCGGACAAACAGCUCUUGAAGAAUCCUGAAAGAUAUUCCUUUGACAGCAGCAACGAACAUCCCAAAGAAAUGGAAGACAAUCCAAGCGCCAUGCUCUCAGUUCCUGUUCACAUUGACCCUAAAUUGCCCUACCUUGAUUGGGAUAGUAAAUUAGGAAUUACUGUCCACAUCAGUGGAGGUUUCAACUACUCCAAUGGAAACCUUGUGGUGCCCAGAGAAGGCAAGUACAGAAUUUACCUGCAGAUCACCUACGAGGAUGACUCCGGACGUUGUGUUAGAGAUGAGAUGAUACUCCAAAACUCUGUGUAUGUUUUCAUGGACAGUUACCCGAAAAAAGUACUUCUCCUGUCAUCAUAUGACACAGUGAAGUGCGACAUGAAUACCUGGAGUAAAUCUCUCUAUACAGCGGGCUCGAUUAAACUGGAGGCAAACAGCAAACUAUCAGUGACAUCAUCACACCCUGAAUUUAUUUCUAAAAAUCAUGUUUCAACGUUCUUUGGUGCAGAAUUUCAGACAGUUCAUGUCUCAGUCACCUAAAUCUAAUCAGAUCUUGAGAAGCUAAUAGUAUUUACUCUACUGCAGGUUUGCUUUAUUUUGGUCAAGUUAUAAUAAGCUGCAUAAUUCAUUAAUAACAGCUCACACAGACAGACUGCACCCCAAACAAUGAGCCACAACAAUUAGUCGAUAAAUCGAUUACGUGAUCAACAGAAAAUGAAUAUGAUAUAAGAACUACAGCACCUAGGCAUUGGCUGGGUAUGUACUCAGUUGUUUGCUAAUUGCAACAUGCACCACUUUCAUUGCAAGCUAAGAAUUGGCAUCCCACUAUACGUUGCAGUAAUAGUGGUAGUCUUUUGUCAUGAGUUUCAACCAGGGGCCACAUGCAUGAAACUGUGUGUAGAUUCAUGACUAACCCUGUCUGGAAGUACAAUGGCAGAAAUAUGCACGCCCGUUUUUUCUAAGCGUGCCUCUGUUACUUUAAUCCCAAUCAUUGUGGAAAUAGGCACCCGUGCAUGAACUUCAUUACAACUCCCACACUAUGCCGUAAACCAAUGCCCUGACACGCCCUGGGUGAGCUGUUUUCAUAUCAGUUUAUCACCUGCUCCUCCAGUCUGUAACCAAGUCUACACAAUAAACAGGAAAGAAGAUAGGCAGUCCACAGAUUGUGUUGCACCACUGAGAUUCUCCAACAACCAGUUGCUGUGUGGCUCUUUAUAGCCUCCAACACAUGGACCUGUAAACCAUCAGCAGUCAUAGCUCUCAUAUCUACACCACCUGUACAAGGUGUGAUAGGCCUGUUAACAGCAAAAUAAAAUGUUGACAUUUCCCAUGUAAAUGAAAUAAGGGAUCAAAUAAUCAGUAUUACGUUUGCAAAUGCACUUUUGAAUAUUAAUAUGUGUAUAUGCAUCUGGCCCCAGGUCUCCCAUAGGAUAAUACAUUUGGUAGCUGCAAUGAAAAUUAUAAUCUUUAUUUGGCCAACCCACGAUCAAUAUUAUUAUUAUUAUUAUUAUUAUUAUUAUUUACACAGUUGUAACCAGGUCAUGUAUUUUUAUGAGCUUUAUUGGUAAUGGUAACCAGGUAACCCUGUGGAAUAACCUUCACUAAGAUCAUAAAUGAGGAAACAAACUAACUAUGAUAAAAGCAUAGGCCUGCGAAAAUAAGAGUGGGACCGAUUCCACAAGACAGGAUGAUAAGGUGGGAAUCUGACAGUAGCUUUAGGGAGUUUUGCAUUAUUCAAAUCAAAGGUCUAAGUUUAGCGGAUGUUGUAUUCCUGUACAGAUUGUAAAGCACUGUGGCUAGUAACAUAGCUGGUCAUAUAUAGUGACUAAGGAAUUUGUGAAUGAAAGCAACUUUUUGCAGUUUGGAAAAACAGAAGUCAGGGGGGGAAAAAGGAAAUAGCAGAAUAUCAACUGAAGACUUCUACAUUUUGUUUUCCAUGAAGUUGUAGAAUAUUAACAGUCAUGAUUUUGUGGUUUAACACUAUCAUUUGUAUAAACAGAGGUCUGGUGGUGUUGUUUUCUUACUGUUGUGCCAUGUAAAUUGCAACUAACAUGCAUGUUCAAUCUCAGUGUUGUCUAUAUUGUGGGUCAACACAUUGUAGUACAAGGCUGAAUCACUCUGUGUUAUUGUUUGCACAUGCCUUCCUAGAUGUUGCCGUAGCCAACUUGGCUUUGCUAAGGAUGUUUACUAAGUUAAGCAAAGGGAACGGAAUUCAUUACUGGAAGGCUGUCACACAUUAACCCAGCCAAUGUCCACACGGUCUGCUAUGACCACAUUCUGUAUUUUAUGUUUUUAUAGUUCAUGAAAUGAAAAUGAAAAUGCUACUAACACCACUGCCUCACCAGUUGUACUGUGUAUAUGCUUUAGAUGCUGUAUAAUCACAUUUAAAAUAACUCUGCGCCCAUGUGCACACAUACACACACGCACACACAGUGUCUAAUACAGGUAUUUGUACUUUCAUUGAUAUUAUAGGACACCUGUUGUGAAACGUGCCUAUUAAACAGAAUGUUGGAGAAAUGUAUACACUUGUACUGUACCUCUCAGUUCUGUCUUUAUGGGAUGACUUAGAGUCAGAAGCAGCUGUGAACCUGCCUCCAUGCGUUUGAGGAAAGUAAGAAUGUUGUACUGUAUAUCCGAUGGAGGGAAUAAAAGCAUGAAUAAAUGUUUCUGUAUUGCUUAAAGAUUACAGUGUUCUAAUCUUGGAAAUAUAUAUGUCGAGUUGAAACAUGAUUGUACCAAGUUCACAUUCAGGUUCUUUAGCAAUGCUCUUAAUAUUUGGGAUAAAGCGAGCCUAGCAGUGGCUGGACCUGAUUAUGGAGGUACUCAGAGCUGGUGUUCAGCACUUCUCAUGGGUUGGGAAAAUAUAUUCAAUUUGACUUUUUUUCACCAUGGGGCUCAAUGUAAGCUAAUGGGAUGGGAUAAUAUAUUCUGUAACAAGGUGCAAGGUGCUGUUGUGCAAGUAUGCUUGUAUAUUUAACAAGAUGUUUUUUAAUUUAAUUAUUUAAUGAAUUGCUUGCUGGACACUUUACUCUGGAUUGAUGCUAUGCAAAUUGACUUUCUUACUUUAAAAGAAACAAUCAUAUCAAUUGUGAAUUUUUAUAUUUGUAUAUGUGUUUGUUGUGCAUAAAGUCUCUAAAGGAAAUGUUAAUAAAUAAAUCUA